AUGGAGAAGACCUUCAACGAACCCGCCGCCUCGGCCCAGUUCAAGAACGACGCUGAGCGUCAACAGGCCAACGCCCAGCGCGCCGAGAAGGGCGAGCCUCAAAUUCCUGGCGCUGCCGGUCGAGAGUCGGUACCCACCAAGGACCCCAAGGAGUUCGACGUUCGAGGCGGUCCCGGUUCGGAAGGCAACAAGCCUGUUCAGGACCCUGUCAUGUAA